CAAUUAUUCUUCUCAUUCUCAUUCAAUCAAUAAUUUUCGAUUCAACCAACCCCAAAAUUCAUCAUCUUCAUCUUCUUCAGUUGAAGUAAGAAGCAACAAUGGCGAACACAGAAGAAGCUGAAACAACGACUAUUAAUGGCGACCAAAAACAACAACAUGAACAAGAAGAAGAACACAGCAGUAACAACAACAAACAUGAAAAAUCCCAUUUGAAAGGUGAAGGUUCAAAGAAUUUAUACGACGCCGUUUCAUCUCUUCUCUUCCCGAUCUUCUUCCCUGAUCCUCAUUCUUCUUCGUCUAUCUAUUACCGCACCAAAGCUUCUUUUAGAGAGAAUCUUCCGCAUCUUCGAGAAGCUUCUAGAGAUACUGGAUUGAAUAUUCUUCGCUGGGCUCGUAAUGGGAGCUCUUUUCGUUUGCUUCUCGUUCUAUCUGUUGGGACAAUUACACUUCUAACCUUGACAGGGGUGCUAGUUUUUUUGCUCUUUUUGGCAGCAGCAACUGUCAAUGCGAUCAUCCUAUCACUUUUUAUGUCAUUGGCUGCAGCUGGUGGCUUCUUGGCUAUUUUCUUUGCAUGCCUAGCAGGAAUCUACAUUGGGGCUUUGGCAAUUGCUUUUUUUGUCAUUUCCUCUGUGACAAUAGCAGCAGUAAUUACUGCUGUCAUCGUUACAGGAUGGAUUGGAUUCUUUUGGACUCUCUGGCUGGUAAUUAAGAAAGGUGCCUCCUUAGCAAAGCACUCGGUGACUGUUACUGGGUCAGCACUUACAGCGUAUACUUCUGGUCGACGCCAUCACCAUCAUGAUUAAUAUCAACUUAUCAACCAUAUAAAUGAAAUGCAUCUAUUUCUGGAGUCUGUGCAGAGUGAGAAUAAGUCUUAUUUGUUUGUUGCAUAGCUAUCUGCGACUGGUAAAUAUUGCUAAGCACAAUUUUUAUGGUCGAUGUUUGUAUACUCUGGGGUUGGCUAUGUAGUUUACCUUGGAUUGUUUUGACACUGAUCAAGCUCUAUGUUAUGUAGUGUGCCUGUGUAAUGCUUGUUAAUCAUAGAAUAUGUCCGUCUACAAAAACUAAAUGCUAUAAAAUAUAAAGCAUUGUAAUACA